AUGGCCGACAUUACCCACGACGCAGAACCGGCCAGUGGCCGUCUUCUGCUCCUCUCCAACCGUCUCCCCAUCACCAUCAAGCGCUCCGAAGACGGCAAAUACAGCUUCUCCAUGUCGUCCGGAGGCCUCGUCACCGGCCUCAGCGGCCUCAGCAAGACAACCAACUUUCUGUGGUAUGGAUGGCCCGGCCUCGAGGUCCCCGAGAACGAGGUCGAUCACAUGAAGCAGCAUCUCAAGGACGAGUACGGUGCCCACCCAGUCUUUAUCGACGACGAGACGGCCGACAGACACUACAACGGAUUUGCCAACUCUAUCUUGUGGCCCCUCUUCCACUACCACCCCGGCGAAAUCACAUUUGACGAGUCAGCUUGGGCUGCCUACCAGGAAGUUAACCGCCUAUUUGCCAAGGAAGUCAUCAAAGAUGUCCAGGACGGCGACCUCAUCUGGGUCCACGACUACCACCUAAUGCUUCUCCCCCAGAUGCUGCGAGAGGAGAUUGGCAACUCCAAGAAGAAUGUCCGCAUCGGCUUCUUUCUGCACACACCCUUCCCAAGCAGUGAAAUUUACCGUAUUCUUCCCGUGCGCGAGUCCCUCCUGUCCGGCCUUCUUGACUGCGACCUCAUCGGCUUCCACACCUACGAUUACGCUCGACAUUUCCUCAGCAGCUGCUCACGUAUCCUCGACACGCCCACAACGCCCAACAGCGUCAACUGGAAGGGCCGCACCGUGACAGUGGGUGCCUUCCCUAUCGGAAUCGACCCGGAAAAGUUUGUCGAGGGCCUCCAGAAGCCGUCUGUGCUGCAGCGUAUUGCCGUCCUCCGUCGCAAGUUUGAGGGAGUCAAGCUGAUUGUGGGAGUGGACCGCCUCGAUUACAUCAAGGGCGUGCCCCAGAAGCUCCACGCCCUCGAGGUUUUCUUGUCCGAGCACCCGGAGUGGAUCGGAAAGAUUGUCCUGGUGCAGGUGGCUGUGCCGUCACGCCAGGAUGUCGAGGAGUACCAGAACCUGCGGGCCGUGGUCAACGAGCUGGUGGGACGCAUCAACGGCCGCUUCGGCACCAUUGAGUUCAUGCCCAUCCACUUCCUGCACCAGUCGGUCUCGUUCGAGGAGCUGACAGCUCUGUACGCCGUGUCGGACGUGUGCCUGGUCUCGUCGACGCGCGACGGCAUGAACCUGGUCUCGUACGAGUACAUUGCUACCCAGCGCGAGAACCACGGCGUCAUGAUCCUCUCCGAGUUCACCGGCGCGGCCCAGUCGCUCAACGGCAGCCUGAUUGUCAACCCCUGGAACACCGAGGAGCUGGCCAAUGCCAUCCACGACGCCGUAACGAUGCGGCCGGACCACCGUGCUGCCAACUUCAAGAAGCUGGAAAAGUACGUCUUCAAGUACACGUCUGCUUGGUGGGGAGCUAGCUUCGUUGGUGAGAUGAUGCGUCUGUCUCGUGACAAUGACCAGCGGAAGACGCUGCGUAACGUCUCUGGAGCGGUUGAAUCCACUCCCAUUGAAGCGCCACCUCCAUACCAGGAGUAA